CUCUAGGAUACGGCCUGGCGGAGCUGCAGUUCCCUUAGCGCGAUCUGUCCCGAGAUGGCCGUACGCGUACCGGCGGGCGGAGAGCAGGGACGCGGCGCUGCUCCGCGCUGGACAACCGCCGCCAGCGGGCACUGCGGCCUCCCCCGCUCCUGCGCUGAGCUCCGAGGGGAUGGCGCAGAGUUGGAGGGGGCGCGAAGAGCCCCGCUGGGCCGCAGCAGGUUCCUGAAGGUGCGCAGCGGCGAAGCGCGCGGCCACCAGCGGGGCCCGGCGGCGCGCGGAGGUGAAGCCACGAGCGCUCUGCUCAGCGCUGCUCACGCCCGAUCGAAUUCAGCUCUGAGGAAAGUGGCGCAGCUGCAAAGCAAAAUCCUGGAUCGGAAAAAGCAGCUGGAAUUGCAGAGCACUGAGUUGGGCCGGAAGCCUUUGGAUGAAGACUCCUCGUCUGCUUCCAGUCUUGAACACCACACAAGAGGCAAGAAAUACUUGAAGGGUUGUGCUGCAGUUGGUAGGAAUGUGGCUGCCAGUCGGGGCUGCUCUGAGGAAGAGGAGAGCACCCAGAGCCCCAAAAGGAACGUUACAGUUACACAACAGCUUGGUUUGGGUACCUAUGAGAAGCCAAUGAGAGAAUUCAUGGAGAACUCUUUGGAGUUUUCCAGUGGAAGGGAGAACCAAAGGUGUGUUACAACUGAUUCCAGGUGGGGUGGAAAGAGGGAGACUCCAGUUGCACCAGGAACACCUCCUCCAUCUCAUAAGGAAAUUCCACUGACGGAGGUAUCUGCAGUGCCUUCUCUUCACAGCAAAGGCUCAGAGAAAAACAUUUUAGGUGGAAGUAAUUUGCUAAGACCUUCACCGGCCAGCAGAAACAGGACGGCACGACAUGAUAUGAGGUCUCAAUCGCUGUCGUCUUCCAUGAAAGACAAUACUGUAAAGAUGACUUUGCUCAGAAGAGGCAAUGCCAAGCAGAGUCAAGUGUCAAAUGGAAGUGGUGGAAGUGAAAUAAAAUCAUUAGAUGACUUAUUUUCAAAAGCAGAUGACGUGGAAGAUUCAACUAGCAUAAGCUCAAAUGACUUCAGGCAGAAUAUCCUGAGCCUUGAUGAUUUAGCAUCAGGUAUCAGCGAGAUGGCAGAAUUAAAGCAGCAAGGGACAGAUAUUCAAAUUAGUCGAGAAACAAAUAGAAAUCCAAAAAAAGACACAUUUCUAUUGGAAAAGGAUCAAACAUUUCCUAAAAUAAGUGCAGAAAUUGAUGCAACUGAUACUUCUGAAAGGGAUACUGAAAAUGUGACUGAAGCCGAAAUCCCUGAGCAUUUAGAAGUUUCUGCAGAUUUUUCUAGACCCAGGCAGGAUUAUCCUGAUCAGGAUGACAGAACUGUUAAUUCAGAAUAUUCUGAAGACUUCGAACAAUCUCCAUCUACAACAGACAAGGAAACUGUAUCAAAAAUGUCAGAGGAACAUUCUGAGAGUUACGCAUAUUCUGGAAAAGACCCAUCUUCUUCAGCAUCAUCCCCUUUACUUACCAGAGAAAGGCACAAACGGAUACACAGAGUAGCUGUAAAAGAAACUGCAGCUCAGACAGUAGAUUUGCCGUUCACCUAUUGCUGGUCAAAGACAAACAGCUCUGCGGUGCUUGGUUUGCCUGUUGGAAACAGCUAUGUUGAUCCAGUACCUAUUGCCAGUCACGUUAUCAGCAUGGAUACAGUAGAAGCCUUGACAGCAUACAAUCCCUCAGUUCUUGUUUUAAAUGCCAUGUUAAAACAGCACUUGAUGUUGACCCAGCAAUUUGUGGAGAACAUUCAGCACCUUCACUUGUCCCUUGUGGAGUCUUUAGAGAAUGAGAAGUUCCACUAUCAUACACUGGAGGAGGCUAAAGAGUACAUCAAGAAUCACAGAUCCCCACCUUUAACGAUUGAACAAGCAUUUGAAGAAAUCCAGAGAGCGGAAGAGAUACUGCCAUCGUCAUGAAUGUUAAGUAAACAUACAUUUACAAAUCUCACGUCAGAACAAGAAAUCCUUUCAGACUGCAUAGAUAAAAAGCUGCAAACUAUGCACCAACUGCUCUGUAUCUUGUAAGGCAUCAUUUGUUUUCCUGCUGUUUUUAUUACGUUUUUAUGUUUUUACUACUGUUUAUGGUGCAGGGAUAGGUAAAAGCUAUGAGUCAGCCUACAGCAUGGUUAGCAAAGAAGAAAACCAAAAUAACUCUUAUCUAAAAGGACUGGGGUAAGUUGUUAGUCCCUGUGUUUAUCACAUAGAUCAUCUGCUUUUUUAUCACGGUAGAAGUGAAAGUCUAUACCACAGCAUCAAGGACUACAAGGAGGGAGGAAAAUGCCAUCCUGCUGUUAGAGCUUCAUUUAAGCAGUCCUAUCAGAUUACUACAUAACCAAACACAGGCAAAGUUACAGUAAAUUCAGUACAAGGGAAGCUUAUAGCCUAAUGCUGAAAUCCAUUUAGUUUGAAAUAUGAAGCACCAUGUUAUUUUUUAUUAAAAAAGGUGUUUAUUGGAAGGCAAAACAAUAAAAUUCACAAGUUGGUAACAUA